AUGCAUUCCAUCUACCAACACCUUCCGCAGGGCUAUAUCCGGCUCCUUACGCUGCAACCUGGCGACGUGUCAGCCGAGCUUUCAUGCACGCUACAGUCGACGCCGCUGGAAUCGGCACCAGAAUAUGAGGCGGUUUCGUAUGCUUGGGGAUCCGAAGGAUUCACAGAUAGCCUCGCUGUCUCUUCCAGCCCAGGCCCAACAACGUCUCAAGCCGUCGUCUCAAUCACGCCCAACGUGACAUGCCUUCUCAAGUCCCUUCGUCGCGCCACUGAACCUCGAGUCCUCUGGAUCGAUGCCAUCUGCAUCAACCAGGCCGACAUUUCGGAGCGGGGCGUGCAGGUGCAGCAAAUGCGCAGCAUCUACACGCGCGCUCUCCGCACCGUCAUCUGGCUAGGCCCGGCCACGGAGGACGGCAGCAGUGAUUCUGCCCUCGAGUUCCUGAAGAAGAUGGCCAUCGACAAAAAGAAUUGCGAUAGGGGACGUUGGAUCAACGGCGAGAGAGUGGCAUCAGACACCAGCUCAGAGACUGGCAGUGGCCGCGCCGCACUAAACGGAGUGUAUUUUGACGAGCACGAGGACGAGGAUGAUGGCGUCGAGAAUGACGCGGAUAGCUUCGACAAUCAGUCGGCUCAGGGGGCAUCCACCACCACCGGAGACGAUGCUGAACUUGUGGUUGGUUCUUCGAGAGCCUCUCUGAAGGCCGGUGCAGGGGGAGCAGAACUGUCCAAUGCAUUCAUAUCAGCGUUUGCUUAUUUGCGGGAUGUUGUCCGAGAAUGGGUCGACGAAAUCAAAUGGAAGGCAUCCAUGAACUACCGUUACUACAUCACCCUGGGGUACUGGAAUCCCUUGGAGUGUCGGAGACGGAUUCAAAGGUGGGACAGAGGUAUGGUAGCCUGGGAAAAGAACCGCAGCGUCAGCCACAUUGCCUUUGGCAUUCCCGUUCUUUACGAGAACAGCAUGUACGGCUUCUUCGAGGAGCGCUACCACAGCGACUGGGCCGCCGUCGACCAGCUCCUCGGCCGUCCAUGGUGGAGCCGCACGCUCGUGGACGGCAAGCUCUCGGACCUUCUAUGGAACACAUGGGACCGAGAUGCACAGGACCCACGAGACAAGGUCUUUGCGCUUCUGGGCCUCGUCAGAAAGAGCGAGGGCCUACUGAAGCCCGACUACGGGAAGUCGACGAGACGGGUGUUCUGCGAGGCAGCCAGGGAUAUCAUUCGCACCGAGGAGAGCCUCGACAUCCUCCUCGCCGCGGGCGGUCCUCGUGCCCAAUGCGACGGCGGAAGGUUGCCGUCGUGGGUUCCCGAUUGGCGCAGGAAAGCCAACGAUGCCAGGCCAGUCCUGUUCGUCAACCGCGCGCGGCUGCUGACCCUCUACAUCAGCGGCUCGAUGGACCAGAUCGUAGUCAACGGGCACGGGUACUCGGCCUGCGGGGACGAAAAGGCCGUCGCCUGGUUCGGCGGCGACCUCGCGACGCUGCACGUCCACGCCGUCCUGAUCGACGAGGUCGGGCCGGUCGGCACCCCUCAGGGACCCGGCCCUGUCGAGGCCGGAGCCGUCAUCGAUGACGCCUUCUCCGUGGCUAGCGCCGCUUUUGCGGAAAAGGCGGCGUCGUUGUCCUCGUUGUCGUGGUGGUGGGAAGGAAAGCAGAAGAACAAGCUGACGGAUGUGGUCGAGAGGGCCUUGUGUGCAGGUAGUCCGGGAGAGAAGACCAAGAGCGAAGUUAUCGAGAACGUCGCGCCUCUACGGCGCUUCUUCAUGACCAAGCAAAAACAGCUUGCCUGCCUCGGCCCGUCCUCGGUGCAGCCCGGUGACAAGGUCUUCGUCAUUGCCGGGUGCAAUUUCCCCAUGGUCCUCAGAGAGGGCGUCCCCGGUCCGAACGGCGAGCCGGGUAUGUUCGAGCUGGUCGGGGAGGCCUAUGGUUAG